AUGCCGGAAAAACAAAGCUUCAACUUCACCUCCAUGGACUGGGAAGCCUACACAAAAUUCCGCCCCAUCUAUCCCCAAGAACUCUACUCCAAAAUCUACGCUCACCAUGACUCUCACCUUGGUGCAUAUUCCUCAGCAAUUGACAUCGGAGCAGGAGUCGGGAUCGUAAGCAUUGAAUUAAUCAAAAAGUUCUCCCACGUCACAGUCACCGAUCCCUCAGAAGCAUACGUCUCCUCGGCCAAAUCGCUCUUUGCAAAAUAUCCCCAGGACAAGAUCGAUUUCCUCACCACAAAAGCAGAGGAAAUAAGUCUCGAGAAUUUACCCAAGAAGGGGGAGAAAGUCGAUUUGGUCACAGCGGCGGAAUGUCUUCAUUGGGCAGAUGUCGAGACCGCUAUGCCACGGAUUGCAGAAGUGUUGAAGCCUCAUGGAACUUUUGCUACUUGGAUGUAUGGUGUCAAGCCCAUUUUCUCCGAACAUCAAACUGGGAAGAAUUCAGCAGAGGUGAUUAAAAUCUUCUUUGACAUCUAUGACAAAAUGUUUCAUCGAUACAAUACCACGCUGGAGCCGCCGACUGAGAGUUCUGGUGGGGCGGCUAUGACUGCUAGACUCGAUCAUAUGCCUUUUGAUCCCGAAUUGUGGAAGGAUGUGCGGAGGAUCUAUAAUAAUGUGGAUGCGCCGAUGGUUCAGGAGGGUAUGCCUACUCGGGCGUCCAAGGUCUCUGAGGGAGAGAAGUGUGAAAAGUUUGAGAAUGAGAAGUUGCUGGUUCAGGAUGCUGAUUAUGAGUAUCUGGAGGGAUAUCUUGUGAAUUGGAUUCCGCCGAUCAAGGUCAAGGAAUGGGGUCAAGAGGAACUUGCGAGCUUGAAGAAGGCCAUGGAUGGACAGAAGAUUGAGAUUACUUGGCCUCUUGUGUUGAUUCUUGCUACCAAGAAGUAG